CCUUCCGUUGCAUCCGUAGCAUUUAGUUGGCUAGUCAGUUGACAGGGUCAGAUGACUUUGUGUGUUCGGAACGUUAACAACAGUCUCUAUCAGUAACAGUGCGGAUUAUGAUAUUUGGUGAAUACCAGAAACGGAGAGAAGAAUAUUGGAGGAGAGUAAUUAGAAAAUACCGCGCGUGGUUUUGAAACGUGGAAUUCGCACAAUAGGUUGAUUUGCAGCGUUUAAUUUUUGUCCGUUUAUUCACAUUAACUUUUCCUUCAAUCUUCCGUCACCAAAGAUGCAUUGCAAGUCAUUUCCACACCGAGUAUCGAUUAUAAUCCUGAUAACAGUUAUUGCAACGAUUCACGAUUCGUCGUCUAAAAUCACGGAUCAAGCGACAGAUACAACAACAGUUAUGGCUGAAUGUCCGGAUUUUAAUCCACAAAAUUCACUCAAUUGGACCCAGAUAGAGGGACAAUGGUACGCGGUUGAGGUGGUGAAACACAAAUUCGAAAAAUUCGGCCCUAUGACUUCAGGUCGGGUUUUUGUGAAGACGUGCCCCGUGAUAAACCUCCGAGUUACCGGGUCAGGUGACGGCUGGACCCACAGGAGCCUGAGGCUUCUCUGGACCGAGGACGCUGGGAAUCUCGACUACUCGUUUUAUGUACCCUCGAACGUGAAGCCUGGAAAAUGGAAAUCAAAGGAUGAACAGAACGGGACGCUUCUGGCCAAAGGAUACGUUCAAUUCGUCGGCGAUGUUCAAGUGAUGAAAGCGACCGAGUCGCACCUCGCCCUAACAUUUUGUUCGACCACUGCUGACAAUCAGUUGUACACGGUGAUAUUGUCCCGUGGACGCGAGCUGCCGCUAGAGGAGAUACGUAGUAUCGAGAUCCUACUCUCGAUAAAUAAGGGAUUGAACAACAUAAUGAUUAAACAGACUUGCGCUAAUUCGGGGAGCAGGGAUCACCGUUUCAGCGUUUACACUUUAUCGGCAUUGACCGUUUUCACCAUCCUAGUCACCGUUUCUCACACGGCAAUCGCACAAGCUGCUAAUUUUAACUGUUGCAUAUUAUAGUUUUAUUGUGAUUCUUGUGAUUUGUAGCAUAUGGCUGUUUAUAUAUUAUACAAAUAUAAAUAAUACGAAUCACCCGCGGUUUGAUCUUAUGUAUUCUGUAAAGGAUUUACCUUUAUUCCUUUUUUAAAAGAAAUCUUUACGAAGAAGUGGUUAUUUAUGCAAGAAUGUGUUGUAAUUAAAUAGUGGUUAUAUCAACGUAAGUUUUAAUAUUGUGUUACACGAUUGAACGUUCAAAAGUAUAUAUUUUACUUAUAUUCAUUAUCGUUGUAUUGUAAUAUGUAUAUUGAUUAAUAAUUUAUAGCAUAUAUAAGGGAGGAAAAAUUGUUCACUUUUGUAUGAGUGUUUA